GAUGUGAAGAGUUAUUCUUGUGCUGUCUUUGGGACUCGCUAGUACGGGAGGACGCUGGCUGUAUUGUUGGUCUGUGCAGCAGCUGUGAGAAGAGGAAUAAUUAUGAGCUGAGUUGCAUGCGUGCAGGAAAGAGGAAGCAAAAAUAUCAGACGAAGUUGGCCCAGCGAGCAGCUAACCGCGCCGUCACGCGAGGCUGUUAUCUCCUGUUAUCAGAGCGGUAACCGGCCGAGUCGUUAUCGCCGCUCCGCAGUUCUGCAUGGACCGAGCGAGCUGCUCGCCAUGGCCACCCUUCCCUCCAGCAAGAAGACCCAUCGGCCCAAGAGGGACAGGAAAACUUUGUUUUGGCGAAAAAAUAAAGAAGAUACUGAUGUAAACGAACUGAGGCAAGUUCAUUACUUCCAUCUACUCAGCGAAGAAGAGAAAGAAAUGAAAUUCGAAAACAUGUUGGACGAGAUGAACCUGCCCCAGGAGAAGAAGGAGAUGCUGAGGGCGCAGCCGAAGGACAACAAGGAGAAGUUGCUGCUGCAGUUCAUGGCCUCGAGCUCCGGCUCCGCGGACAGACACAAGGACAAGGCGCUGACGACGCCCGCGGACUACAUCUACCACCUGAGCGCGCCCGCCCCCGACCUGGAGUGGCUGACGAGCGUGGUGAGGUCCCUGCGCGUGGCGCUCGCCAGCAACACGCUCACCUGGGUGCACGGCUUCGGCUCGGCGGGGCUGGAGCGGGUCGUCAGCAUCCUGCUGCGAUACGACGGCGACGACGGCGCGCACGGCGACGUGCAGAAGGAGUGCCUGCUGUGCCUCAGCAAGUUCAUGAACAACACGCUGAGCCUGCGCCAGGUGCUGGGCGAGCCGCGCGCGCUAGCCGCCAUCGCGCGCUGCCUGGACGCGCGCCGCCCCCGCGUCAUGACGGAGGCGUGCAAGAUCCUGGCGGCGGUAGGCCUGGUGCCGCAGGGCGGCCACGCGCGCGUGCUGGAGGCCGUCACCGCCGCCGCCGAGCUCCGCCGCCAGCCGCAGCGCUUCCGCUGCGUCGUCGACGGCGUCCUCGGGGGCCACGAGGGCUCGGGCUACGGCCACCUCACCGUUACUUCUCUUCAACUUAUCAAUGCCAUCAUAUCCAAAGCCGAGACACUGGAGUUUCGAAUACACCUGAGGAAUGAGUUUCUGCGGUCUGGACUCAGCAGUGUGAUAGAUGAACUAGGGAGAGAUGCAAGUCAAGAUUUGAAAAUCCAACUGGAAUGUUUCAUAAGUGAUAGGGAUGAAGAUUAUUUUGAACUCAUGCAGAAGUUCGAUAACGUCUUCAUUGACCUACAGAACACUGAUGACUGUUUUGAGAUCAUAAAAAACUUGGUGAAAAGUACGUCUGCGGAAUCUCACUUCCUCUCCAUCCUGCAGCAUUUAAUGCUCAUAAGAGACGAUGUUUUUAUCAGGCCAGCAUAUUUCAAGCUGAUAGACGCGUGUGUGUCUAGAAUCGUUCUGCAUAAGAACGGAUUGGAUCCAGAUUUCCAAAAUUUCGUACUAGACGCGGAGGAGUUACUGCAAGUUAUCACAACUAGGGAACUAGAGGCAGAGGAAGAAAACAGAAAACUUCAGCACAAAAUAAGUGAAUUACAAAGUAAAGCCGAAGAUACUGAAACUAAAAGGCAAGAAACAAGAGCUUGUCUCACGGAAACUGAAGAAAAAUGUCGGGGGUUAGAAGAUAAGUUAAUAGAGGCCAAAGACGUAAUCAAAGAUCUUUCUUCAAUCAUUGAAAAGCUACAGGCCAAGGUUGCUUUAGCCAGUAUGCCUACUGCCAAAAACGAAUCAUCUACAUCAUCUACUAGUGGAAAUAAUUUGCCACCACCGCCUCCACCAAUGCCAGGAAUGGUAAUGGCACCACCGCCCCCGCCUAUGCCAGGAAUGGGCACGGCACCACCGCCCCCACCUAUGCCAGGAAUGGGCAUGGCACCACCGCCCCCGCCUAUGCCAGGAAUGGGCAUGGCACCACCGCCCCCGCCUAUGCCAGGAAUGGGCAUGGCACCACCGCCCCCGCCUAUGCCAGGAAUGGGCAUGGCACCACCGCCCCCGCCUAUGCCAGGAAUGGGCAUGGCACCACCGCCCCCGCCUAUGCCAGGAAUGGGCACGGCACCACCGCCCCCACCAAUGGCUGGAAUGAGCACCUCUCUAGGGAUACCUGGGAUGAACACUGCUGCCAACAGACCACCAGCAUUUGGCAACAAUGCCAUGUUCAGUACUAAUCCUGGGCUUCCGCACGGCUUGAAGCCGAAGAAAGAGUGGCAAGUCGCGACCAACAUCAAGAGAGCCAACUGGAAAACGAUAACGCCCGGAAAAAUUAACGAAAAUUCAUUUUGGUUGAAUGUUCAAGAAGAGAAGUUAGCAGAUAGCGAAAUAUUGAAUGGUUUAGCAGAAAAGUUCGUGACAAAAUCUGCGAAACCCAAGACUGAUUCAGAAAAAAGUGUCGGUGCCUGUGCCAGCGCGGCGGCGGCGGCGGGGCCCGGCAGGAAGAAGGCCAAGCAGCUGAAGGUGCUGGACGGGAAGACGGCGCAGAACCUGUCCAUCUUGCUGGGCGGCCUCUUGAAGCAGCGCUCGCACGCCGACAUCAGGACCGCCGUGCUGCGGUGCGACGAGCAGGUGCUGUCCGCGAGCGUGCUGCAGCUGCUGGUCUCCUACCUGCCGUCCGCGGAGCAGCUGAGGAAGCUGCAGCUGCUCGGGGACCAGCGCGACGACCUCACGGAGGCGGAGCAGUUCUGCGUCGCCAUCUCGGACAUCAAGCGUCUGCACGCUCGGCUCAAGUCGUUUUUGUUCAAACUCCAGUUCGCAGAAAUUGUGAACGAGGUCAAGCCGCAAAUCGUGGCCGCCACGGCAGCCUGCGAUGAAAUUCGGAAGAGCGCCAAAUUCGCCAAGAUUCUGGAGCUUGUUCUGUUGGUGGGAAACUACAUGAACAGCGGCUCAAAGAGUGGCCCAGCUUUUGGAUUCGAAAUGAGUUUCCUGCCGAAGCUGUCCGGCACCAAGGACUCGGAGAACAAGACGACGCUGCUGCACUACAUCGCGGCCACCAUCCAGGACAAGUUCCCGGACCUGCUGUGCUUCGACCGGGAGCUGGGGUACUUGGACGCCGCCGCCAAGGUGUCCUCGGAGGCGGCGCAGAAGACGCUGAUGCAGCUGGGGGCGGGCCUCAAGCACCUGCAGACCGACCUGGCCGGCUGCGGCGACAGCACGGACCAGGGCGAGCCCGACAGGUUCCGACAGGUCAUGGAGCCAUUUUUGGAGGAAGCGCGAAAUGAACACGACACGCUGCUGAAGAUGUUCAAGCAGAUGGAGAAAGCUUUCACCGAAGUUUCCGAGUUCUUCGUGUUCGACAAAACUAAAUACACUGUUGAAGAACUGUUCGGAGACAUCAAAGCUUUCAAGGAUGCCUUCCAGCGCGCGCACGCAGACAACCUGCGCGCCAGGGAGGCGGAGGAGGCGGCGGCGCGCCGCAGCCAGCAGCGGGGGCGGGCCUCGGGGGCGGCCGGGGGCACCGUGCUGGAGAUGAGCCCCGAGGACCCCCAGGAGGGAGUCAUGGACAGCCUGCUGGAGGCCCUGCAGACCGGCUCCGCCUUCAGCCGCGAGCAGCGCGCCAAGAGGUCGCGCGGCCGCCCCAGAGGCCAGCCGCAGACGGUGCAGAGGUCGCGGUCCAGAUCUGGAGCUUGACAGCAGUCCGCUGUGUUCUCAUUGUCGAGGACGUUCAUUGCUACAAGCAUUACAAUCGAACAUUUCCCGCGCAAACAAAAAAAAUACUGUAUUUGAAUUGCGUCGCGUCGACGUCCCCGCCUCGAUCCGCAGCUGGUGAAUCACGCGAGAAGCACCGGCGACGUGUACGGGGCGGAACUCCGGCGAGGCACGGCGAGGCCCCCGUCCGCGGAGGAGACCCCGAGGACCGCGCGGUCCAACCACAGACCCAGAGACGAAGACGUUCAUCCUGUCGCCAUCAUUUACCCGCAAGACCAAAACUAAACAACAAAAUAUAUACGCUGCAUUCAUUCCGAUGAAGUGCGGUAGAUAUUUAUUAUUUUUAUUCUAGAGAUUUAUAACGCGAAAAGGAAAAAAAAAAAUAACCUGUGUCAUCUAUGGUGUAUGGUGUUGCAAUGUACUUAAUGAGUUACUUCAGUUAAACUGUGUAAAUAAUUUAAAAUAAAAUAAAAAAAUAUUAUUUAAUUGUUCUCAGUGCA